ACAUGGGUCCUGGAGAAACUGCUGAAGGAGAGAGAAUUUAACAGGACUAAAAUUGAACUCCGGUCCAAAGAAAUUCUCAAAGACUGAUAGAGAGAGAGCGAGAGAAAGAUGAUGAAGGAGAAAGACUCCUGGAUAGAGGACACUGAGAAGUUGAGAACAAACGCAGGCUCCAUUAGGGAGGUGAGGAAUGAGAUAAAGGUGAUGAAAGAGGAACACCUCAGAGAGACGGAGAAGUUGCCGGAGGAGAUGAAGAACCUGAGGAUGGAGGAGGAGAGACGAAAGAAAGAUGAGAAAAUCUGGAGGAAGGAACAAUGAGCGCUGGAGGAGAGGUUUAAGGAGAUGGAGAAAAAUAUCUCUGAGCUGGAGAAAGACAGGGAGAGAAUGGAGAAGGAGAGAGAAAGAGAGAGAAAGCAGAUGAGAGAAUGCAGGAAGAGGCUGCAGAUGGAGAGAGAGAAAAAGAGAGAGGAGAUAAAGGAAUACAGGGAGAGGAUGGUGAGAGAAAGAGUGGAAGAGAGAAAGGAGAUGCCUAAAUAUAUAAAGAAGGCUGAGGUGAGACAGAAGGAAAUUGAGACGGAGAGGAGGAUCAUGAUGGAGGAGAGAAAAAAGAUGGAGGAAGAGAGGGGGAAGAUGGAGGAGGAGUGGAUGAAAGAGAAGAAAUGGUUGGCGCAAUACACGCAGGAGGAGGAGGCUGAGAAGGUGGAGCUGAGGAGAAUGAUCUGGUGGAUGAGGACUGAGAGAAAUGAGGACAAAAAACAACUAAGACUCCACCAAGAUAGUCAUGAAGUGUGGAUGAGGGAGAUGGAGGAACUGAGGAGAGAGGUGGAGGAAAAGCUGGAGGAACAAAAAGAAAAGAUGGAGAGUGAAUUCAAAGAGAGGGAGCAGGCGAGACUGCGAGAGUGGGAAAGAGAGAAAGAGGUGAUGAGGAUGGAGAGUCAGAUGGAGGUGGAGAAGAUCAGAAUGGAGGCAGAGAAAGAAAGGAGGAGGAUGAAGGAGGAAAGAGAGCGAGAGCAACAGAAGCUGGCGAGGAGCAAGUCUUUACACCAACUGCAACUGGAAGCGAAGGCGUUUGCUGAGGUUGAGGCAGAAGCUGAGGAACGAUGGAGACGAAUGCUGGCGGCAUUGAGGGAGAGAACCUGUGAGGAGCUGAGGAGAAAAGAGAGGAGGAUCAAAGAGGAAGGAGAGAGCCCUGAAAGUAUGAACCUCAGAGCAAAAGACCAGCAGAGCCAGAGCAGAAGCUCCAUGGAAGCAUGUGGUGGAAAAGAGCAGAAAGAAAAGAAGAAGAGGAAGAGUGUGCUCAGCAGAUGGUGGAGGAAGUGAGGUGCAGGAGGAGAGAGGUAGAGGAAGUGAGAGCAAGAAAGAAUCAUGAUUAUUAUGAUUAUAAUGACAAAUUUAUUAUUAAUAAAUAAAACAAGUUCUGAGCCAAAUGAAUUUUACUUUCUUAUGGCCUGACAUUCAAACACAACACCAUUUAAGAAAAAUAAUGUGAGCAUUUCUUUUGUUGACUAAUUAUAAAAUUCAGAUUCAGAUGGACGGAGAGAACCUGGGAGGAGCAGAGGAGGAAGGAGAGGAGGAUUAAAGAGGACAGAACAAUCAAAGUGCCAGAGAGAGCCAGAGUAGAAGCUCCAUGGAUGGAUGCAGUAGAAAAGAAAAGAAAGGGGAGAAAAAGAAGACGAGUGUGUUCAGCAGAUGGUUUAAAGAAUGGGAGAGGAUACCUGUAGAUAAAAGAUCUUUAUUAUUAUGAUUAGUAUUAAUAAUGCUUUGUUAUUAAGAAAUGUUAUAAACCAUCCUUAAUUGUCUUUUUUUAUGACAAACUCAAAUUUGCAAAAGAAUAACCCAGAAUUUUCUUUAUCCACUGAACAGUCAAAACUGAGGACUCCAGAUGCACCUCUUGUGAUCUAGAGACGUAGCCAAUUACAAGCCAUUACACUUAAAACAAAUCAUAUUACGGGUGGGUGGGUAGACGGAGUGUUCUCUUACAACAUCGCAGCCCAAUCUGAAUAGCAAAUAAAAUGCUCUAAAGCUAAAAUGAUUAAAUGAGUUCCAACUGGAAGUCAAGCCUUAUUUAGAGGAGAAUAGAUCAAACUGCACUUUAAUGCUGGUGGUUUACCAUAUGCAUCGAGGAAAUCUCCAAGCUAAUUUAGCUGUGUUACCCACAAGCCUUCAUUUCUUUUAUUUAUUUAUUUCCUGCAAAAACGCAGAGUGUUCUAAUGCAUUGAUGCAGGGCAGCUGGUGGCCAGAAUUUGAUGUCACUCUUUGUGGUGCCAGCUCCAUUUCCAUCAGAGACAGCCAGAGUGUUGGCACAGAAAAGCAAGCAGGCAGCAAAAAGCCAUUCAUCAAUAAGAAUAAGAGGCACAGGCAAUGGGUCAACUAUUACCUUAACUGGGCAAAGAGCCACAAAGAAGAUCCUACUCUUCUAUAUAUAAACUAUGAUGUCACCAUCACUGUAUUCUCAUCACGCAGCAGACAGAUUGAGGCAGCAGUGUAAUUGUAG